AUGCCCCCCUUGUUUCCUAUAUCAGAUUCUACUGAACACACGACAACACUCUCUAUGAAGCCCCUGCCAUCGUCAUCUGAUGUCGAAGUCGCGACCGACAGCGAUAGUGGCGAGCAAGUCUAUUCCGCAUUGUUUGAACGCAAAACAAUGCGCCACGUCGAUUGGCGGCUCUUACCCCUACUUGGAUCUCUCUACGCAUUAUCUCUCAUUGAUAGGACGAACAUAGGCAUAGCACUUGUUACAAAAAUGAGUGCAGAUCUCGUACGAAUGGACUGGAUGUUGGCACACGCUACAAUAUCGUAUCAUGCAUCUAUUUCAUCCCAUACAUUCUUCUCGAACUCCCAAGCAAUUUGUGCUUGCGCUGCAGUUGGAGCCCGUAAUCUCCUGAGCGGUGGUGUUAUCACUUGGGGUGCUGUACAACUGGCAAUGGGCUUCGUUCCAACUUGGGAAUAUUUGGCGCUUUGCAGGACUCUUCUAGGUGUCUUUGAGGCAGGGUUUUUCCCGGCAUUGGUGUUCAUCGUGACUACCUGGUACAAACGCUAUGAAGUUCAAAAGAAAUUGGCUGCGAUGCAUGUGACGUCGAUCCUCGCUGGUGGAUUCAGCGCCAUCUUGGCAUACGCUCUGAGUCUUCUUGAUGGCAAAGGAGGCCUCAGUGGAUGGGCGUGGAUCUUUAUCAUCGAAGGAGCGGCCACUAUUGCAUUUGGGAUAGCAUCUUGGAUAUUUAUCCCCGAUUUUCCCGACAAGAAUACCUUCCUUACCGCUAAACAGACUGCCUUGGUGCUACGACGUAUUGAAGAGGAUCGCGGUGAUUCAGUGCCUGAUUCAUUGAGAGGAAAGGUGCUGCUACAUCUCAGUGAUUGGAAAAUCUGGAUAUUUGCUACGAUGUAUCUGUGUGUAAACAGUCCCAGCGUACGCAGUCGCAUUCUUCGCAAGUUCGAUUUUGAGCGGCAUGGGCUGGAAUUUGGAGAUGUCUCUAUUACUUAUCACUCCUCCCUUAUCAAUUUUGUUCUGCAGGCUGUUAGUGUCAUAUUUUUUGCGUGGUUGUCGGACAGAUAUCGCAUGAGAGCAUUGUUCCUCGCCAUACAAGCACUGAUGACUAUAAUUGGACUGGCGUUGAUAGGCUAUGCUGACAUGUCUGGUUGGCGCUAUGCAGGAAUAUUCUUAGCUAGUGCAGGCUGCUCGGCAAGUAUCCCUGGUGUUCUAGCAUACACUUCCAAUAAUAUCGUCUCACAAUCUAAACGGGCUGUCACUACGGCGAUCACAGUCAGUUUCGGUGGAAUAGGUGGGAUCAUUGCUACUACUAUCUAUCGUCAGCAAGAUCUUCCGCGAUACCUUCCGGGGAUCAUCGCAACAAUUUCCCUUCAAGUACUUCUAUUGAUUCUGCUCGGCAUCAUGACGGUAUACUUCUGGUAUGAGAACAAGAAGGUGAAGUUGCAGAAAGACGGUCAGGUCGGGGGAUUUUUAUAUGUAUUAUGA